CCCUCGGGUGUACGUCAGGCAGGAGGCGGAAGCGCCGCGGGGGCGGGAAGGUUGUAGAGCCGCUAGUUGGGCUCUGUUUGCAGGUCCCUAAGUGGUCGCGCCCCCUUUGAGAGAGCGAUCGGACGGCGAGGAGGGUCCUGGGCGCUCUCGUGGCCCCGGUGACUAUAAAGUGCUGACCAGUUGCCACUGAGCAUAGCUGAAACAAAAUAGGAAGAUAUGGCAGCAAACCCUUCAGGACAAGACUACUCAUCUUAGAUUCUAAGUAUACAUUCAUUGCUGGUUACAGUAAUCUUACCACUACCAAAACAAAACAAAAUUUCAGGUUUUCAAAAUAAAAACAGAGUUGCAAUCUUGGCAGAACUGGACAAAGAGAAAAGAAAAUUACUAAUGCAGAACCAAUCUUCAACUAAUCAUCCUGGAGCGAGCAUCGCGCUCUCGAGACCCUCUCUUAAUAAGGACUUCCGGGAUCAUGCCGAGCAGCAGCACAUCGCAGCCCAACAAAAGGCGGCUUUGCAGCACGCACAUGCACACUCAUCUGGAUACUUCAUAACUCAAGACUCUGCCUUUGGGAAUCUUAUUCUUCCCGUCUUACCUCGCCUUGACCCAGAAUGAAGAAAAGAUCUGUAGCAAAAGUGACUGUGAUAUCAGAUGCCAAAGCUGCUAUCAUUUAGUGCUGUACAGACUGACUUUCAGAACUUUGGUGAACUUUUAUACUUUUUUGCUUCUUUAAAGAAAGGCACGUGUACGUCAGAGCAGAAAAAGAGGGUCACCAGGAGGAUGAGAGUUCUGGAAACUGUAUUAUCUGAGGAACUGAUGAUGGUACUGUGACUAUUUUGGAACACAGUUUGAUUUUCGAACCUAAAUCAGACUCUGAAUUGGAUGGUCACAUAAAUUCGCCCCCCACCCCUCUCCUAGGUGGACUGAAUAUAUCAUUGUCCACAGUAGACGUUCAAGAACCAUUUAUAGUACUUCAAAGAAAUGAGGGUGCUUUUAAAAAUGUGAACCAACAGGCUUAAGUAAGUUACAUUCAUAGUUGCUGUUUGUAGACUGCUAUCAGUGUACCUUUUGUGUUUAUAGUCAGCAGGUCAUCCUGAAAUAUUCUUUAACUCAUAAUGAACUCCCUUAUUGUCCAUUUUCAAAGAAAAUCUAAGAUAAGACUAAGUUACCAACCAGGCUUAAACAUCUUUUACAAACCUGUGCUCCUAUAAAUUAUGUGACUAACUGCGAUUAAAAACAAUGAUAAGAGAUGUGAUUUAAAAA